UUUCCUUUCACUAUUUAGUACUAUAUUAGAAUAACUAAUCCCUUAAUUAUUUAUAUUUCUUGUCUCCCUUUUUAUAGUUUUAAUAAUACUAACUAUAUCAAUACCGCGUUGGUCUUUUAAGUGCAUUAUGCAUCCCUAUGAAAACAGAAACAUACCUUGUUCAAACGUCAGUGGGCACUUUGAGUGCAAUUAAAUAGUGUAUGAAACAUUUAAUAAAUAGAAAUGUGUAAUUUAAUAUAGUAUAUAAGUACUAAUAAUGUAAUGAAUAUAGUGUGUAAUGUAACGAACUUUCAGACGUAUAUCGUUGCUAAAGAAGUAUAAUUACAAUUUUGAGGUUAUUCUGUAUAAGAGGUUAAGUUCUAUCAAAGCAUUAUUAUACAUAACUUUCAGGGUAGUUGAAAAUUGCUCCAAAUUGCUGCUUUCAAAUUUUAGGUUUACAAUGAAGAGGUCACACUCUCGACGGGAUAGAGAUGAUUAUGAACGUGCUAAACAUCAUUCAAGAGAUGAAAAUCAUGAAAAGGAACGAGAACGUAAUCGAGACCGAGACCGGGACCGGGAUAGAGAAAGAGAUCGACAUUAUAAUGAUAGAUAUAAUAGAAAAAAUGACCAGAAAAGAAAUUAUGAUGCUGAAGAAUCAAAUACAGAAUAUCGAUCGUACAAACGACAAGAUUUAAGAAGAUCAAAAGAUUAUGAAAAAGAAAACAAAAGGAAACAAGAAAAAGACAAAGUUAUAGAUUCAGAAAUGGGGAAGAAACAAGAAACAAAUGCUGCUGACGAGGCAUUAGAAAGACAAAAUCGAACUGUCGAGUUAUUAACAUCAAGGACAGGUGGUGCUUAUAUUCCACCUGCAAAAUUACGUUUGAUGCAAGCUGAAAUCACCGACAAAUCUGGAGCUGCGUAUCAACGUAUUGCAUGGGAAGCUCUUAAAAAAUCUAUACAUGGUCAUAUUAACAAAGUUAAUAUUAGUAAUAUUGGACUUAUUACACGAGAACUUUUAAAAGAGAACAUUGUUAGAGGUAGAGGUUUGCUUGCUCGAUCUAUUAUUCAAGCUCAAGCAGCUUCGCCGACUUUUACCUCUGUUUAUGCAGCCCUCACAGCAAUUAUUAAUUCUAAAUUUCCCAAUAUCGGUGAAUUAAUACUGAAACGUCUUGUAAUACAAUUCAAACGUGGUUUUAGAAGAAAUGACAAACCUCUUUGUAUAUCUUCGGGAACAUUUAUCGCACAUUUAGUAAAUCAAAGAGUAGCGCACGAGAUCUUAGCUUUAGAAAUUCUGACUUUGUUAGUAGAAACGCCAACAGAUGAUUCUGUAGAAGUGGCGAUUGCAUUUUUAAAAGAAUGUGGAAUGAAAUUAACUGAAGUUUCCAGAAAGGGUAUAGAAGCUAUAUUUGAAAUGUUAAGAAAUAUAUUACACGAAGGACAAUUAGAUAAAAGAGUACAGUAUAUGAUCGAAGUCAUGUUUCAAGUUCGAAAAGAUGGUUUUAAAGAUCAUGAGGCUGUUCCAGAAGAACUCGAUCUUGUGGAAGAGGAAAAUCAAUUUACUCAUCUAGUGACGUUAGAUGAAGCAACUGAUUCCCAGGACAUAUUGAAUGUUUUUAAAUUUGAUGCAGAAUACGUAGAUAAUGAGGAUAAAUAUAAACAAUUGAGUAGAGAAAUAUUAGGUUCAGAUGUGAGCGGUUCAGAAAGUGAAGAAGACGACGAAGAAGAAUCCUCAGAUGAAGACAGCAGCACUGCUGUAGUGGAAGGAAAAGAGGAUGUGAUUGUAGAUAACACAGAAACAAAUUUAACAGCACUUAGAAGAACAAUAUAUUUAACGAUACAUUCGUCGCUAGACUUUGAAGAAUGUGCACAUAAAUUGAUGAAAAUGCAAUUAAAACCUGGCCAAGAAACUGAACUUUGUCAUAUGUUUCUAGAUUGUUGUGCCGAAAUGAGGACAUAUGAAAAAUUUUUUGGGCUUUUAGCCGGCCGGUUUUGUGCCAUUAAUAAGAUAUAUGUUACACCGUUUGAGCAAAUCUUUCGAGAUUCAUAUCACACAAUACAUCGUUUAGAUACAAAUAAGUUACGUAAUGUAUCAAAGUUCUUUGCACAUUUAUUGUUUACUGAUUCUAUAUCAUGGGAAGUGUUAUCUUGUAUAAAAUUAACCGAAGAAGAUACUACAAGCUCUAAUAGGAUAUUUAUCAAAAUUCUAUUUCAAGAACUAUCAGAGUAUAUGGGACUAUCUAAAUUGAAUCUACGUGUUAAAGAUGUUACAUUACAACACGCAUUCGAGGGUUUAUUUCCUAGGGACGAUCCAAAAAAUACCCGAUUUGCUAUCAAUUUUUUUACGUCCAUCGGUUUGGGCGGACUUACGGACGACUUAAGAGAACAUUUAAAAUCUCAUCCAAAACCCACAAUAAUACCUGCUCUGGAACAGAAACCUGAAAGUGUUUCAAAUUCUGAUGAUUCUUCUACUUCUAGUUCAAGCACAUCCUCGUCGUCGUCUUCUUCAUCUUCAUCUAGUAGUUCAAGUUCAGAUGAUUCUGAUGUAUCUUCAGAUGAACAAACGAAAAAAGAGAAAAAGAGGAUGAGAAAAGAAAGGAAAAGAAAACAGAAUACAAAAGAAACCAAAAAGAAGCAUAAGAAGAAAGAGAAACAUAAAGUGAAAAAAGCUAAAACUAAAUAACAUUUAUUGUAUAAAUAAUAAUCAAUAAAUAUAUGUAUGCUCCUACUGACACUCAUAUCUAUAAGAUAUUUGUAUACAAAAAAAGCAUUUGAAUGCUUGAUAACAUGUAUAGGUAAAUACAUAAAAUAUUCCUCAAUUUCAAUAAAUAUAUUUUCAACAACAAUCUUAGCUUAAAAAACAUAAAUAUAUCUUUAAGUAAUAAAUGUAACAUAUUUUACCCUUUCAUUGCGUCGCUGAAAAUAAAGAAAACAUUAAAAAGUAUACUUAUGCGGCUACUGAUUGACAUAAUCAAUUAGUAUCGGGCUACACAGUCAUUUUAUUCGCUCAAGGCAUAAUUUACAUUCCUUAAAAGAAUAAUAGAGCUCUUAUUUGUGUAACCAAAAUACUAUCAUAAAGCGUAAUACGCACGGUAUAUUAUGUUUAUUCUGACACUGAAUACAGAAUAGCCGGAUGCAGUUUUAUGCAUGUGGGUGUGUAAAUCGUGUAGACUAUUUUGACGGGGAGAUCACGUGAUUAAAUACUCAGUCGCCGCCACUACUGCUGCCGUCGUCCGACUAACCAGCCGAUACUAUGCCACAAACGGUAGAUACGCAGACUCAACCGUUCCACAUCUUUUGGAAGCAAGCGCGGUCUGGAACGAGAUCUGUGACGUGCAUAUACAUGUGUAUCACACACUAACUUAAUAGAUAUCAGAGUACGAUAGAAACGAAAACUGCUAACGUGGUAGAUACGGAGCGCGGUAGGAGGCCAAGCGUAAUGCUUGGUCGGUGGAAGAAGCGGUGUUAACGAGGGGGAUAUACAUAGUGAACUUUGUUUAACGAUGUGAUGUUUGUGUAGUAUGAAAACUGUGUAGAGAGUUUAUGAUAACUGUUUGACGUUGAAAACACACGAGUGACAAAGACGUAAUACAAUGCAUAUAUACGAAAUAAAGAACAUAAUACUCUGUAUGGUUAGAGAAAAUAUACCAUGAUAUGAAGGCCCUCUAAGGCUAAGGACACUGGUGCUAUCUCCUCGUGUUUACAUAUGCAUAUGAUCGUGGUGUAUGCGUACACAUGUGUGCAAAAAAACAACGAGGUGGAGUAUUUGUACCACAAAAAA